AUGGGAACCUAUAUAUCCUCAAAUUCAAGCUCAAAAUCUGGCAAAACUGUAGGAGGAGGAGGACCGCGUGGCGUCAAACGGUCAUCGACAGCAGCCAAGGUGGUUCACUUGGAAGGUCGUGUUCAAGAGUUCAGGCAAUCAGUCCAAGCCAAGAACAUCGUUUCUCAGAAUCCUGGUCACUUCCUCUGCAGCUCCGAGUCGAUGUCUAUUGGGACAUGCGUGCCACAUGUCCUCGAUGAGAAGGAGCUUCAACCGGGACAAGUUUACUUCUUGCUGCCACUCUCCCAAUCCGAUAAACCCCUUUCCUUGCCGGACUUGUGUUCCCUCGCCAUUAAAGCUACCGCUGGCUUUGGCAGACACAGUGUGGACCUCUCCUCCAGUAACUCCAAACUCAUCCUUAGGUGA